AUGGCCGCGUUUGACAAUGUGAUAUCAGGGCUCCAGCAGUUAUAUGCUCCGAAAAUGGAGGAGGAGGACAACAUAUCAACGAUAGAGAGGUUCCGUUUGUCGUACGACGGACCGGACCUAGAAUUCAUACAACGGAUUCGGAGAAUGUACGAGCGGGUUCCUUUUGGCAAAAGCAAGGAUGAAGAUGAAGGUGGGCGCAAACGGAAAAGACGGAAGCCCAAAUUCCUGACCAGGCUGAAAAAUGAUUUAGAAUUUAGAAGGAAGAUCAUUCUAACCAUUGGAUUGCUUUGGUCGUUUAUUAUCCUGGGCUGGAUCAUUGGGCAGUUCGGCCCAUCAUUCCUUGAUCUCCAAAUCAUCACCUCCACCACCAUAAAGAAAGGAUCCGCCUUCAUGACGGCUAAUUCCGUGGGUUACCUGACGGGAUCGCUCCUCUGUGGUAUCUUGUUUGACACCUACAAUAAACUGUUCCUGCUGUUUCUAUCCGUCCUGGGGAACGCAGUUACGGCGGCCAUUAUUCCCUGGUGCUCUGUGUACGAGAUCAUGGUCAUCAUUCACAUAGCUAAAGGGACGUUUUGUGGCGCUCUAGAUGCCAUUUGUAAUGCCGAAAUAGUCUACACUUGGGGUGAAGAGGGACGAGCAUAUAUGCAGGCACUUCAUUUUUGCUUCGCUAUGGGAGGAAUUAUAUCACCAAUGGCAACGGCGCCUUUUUUGGCACCAAAGCACAACACAUUUUUCCUGAGUAAAACUCCGGUGGAUUUCUAUAUACCGGAAGCAAAUUUCGACACUGUAACGGUCGCAGUCAAUGGAACGAAAGCCGCCCCGGAUGUGAAAGUUACAUUGGAUUCCGUCUUAAAUGUUUCAGUAACCAAAAAUAUCACAUAUAUAACAAAGUUAAUUCCCCACCCUCCUCCCGAAUCUCGGAUUUAUAUAGCCUACCUGCUGUCCGCUUUCCUGGCAUCAACUGCAGCCGUAUACUUUUUCGUUUUGUACAGAAAAUCUAUAACGAGGAAGCCGAAGAAGCUUAAAAAGAGACAGAAAACGGAAGAACCCCUGUCUAAAGUUCUUCCUCUGAAAUCCAAAAUAAUAGCAAUCUUCAUCAUGAUGUGCAUCAUGGGUUGCUACAGCGCUAUAGAAGAUACGUUCGCCGGGUUUUUGGCCACGUUCUGCGUGAAACAAAUGGAUUGGUCGAAAUCUGCUGGAUCUUUUGCAACAUCGCUUUACUGGGCGGCAUUCGGAGUGGGACGUUUUUGUGGCAUAUUUAUCGUGCGCUUUCUAACUCCUGUGCGCAUGAUCUGCAUGUACAGCGGUCUUCUCAUUGUAGCUUUUACAGGAUUAUUUUUGACAUCCAACGAAGGCUAUGACGCGGGAGUCUGGGUUUGUGCCACGCUAGCUGGAUUUGCGCUCUCCAUUAUAUUCCCAACCAUGUUCAUUUGGACGGAGGAAGAACUGUUAACAAUAACGGGAAAAGUUGCAUCACUCUUUUUGAUUGCGUCAUCAUCCGGUACCAUGGUUAACCCAAUAGUGCUGGGAACUUUGAUGGACAAGCUGACGCCCAUGUGGUUUUGCUACCUACUCUUCACAGAGAGUGUGUUAUUAUUGGUGUUUUACCUGAUAGCCCAGCAUGUGGCUUCUGUUGUCCACGCUCCUAAAAGAGAGAAAGAGGGUAAAUUUGAUGACGUUCGCCCCGUAUUUUAUGACGAUUUCGACCCACGAAGUUUCUUAUCUGACAAAACGAAGGAACGGAAAUCUGACGUGAAUCCCGACCUUACAUUCACGAUCAUUCCUUUACAUGACGAGGGUCCAAAAGUAACAGAUAUGAAUGUGAAGGAAAACACCCUACCGUUCAGUGGGAGUGACGAGGAAUCGGAGACGGAGUCUCUGUUGACGAAUGAAGACCACGCCCAGAAUCACUCUUGACGAAUGAACACCACGUCCAGAAUCUCUGAUGACGAAUGAAGACCACGCCCAGAAUAUCUCUUGACGAAUGAAGACCACCCACAGUUGUGGGGAAAUAACCGCAAAAUCAUUCUUAUCAAAAUGUGCUCAUUCAAGAUACAUGUAUUUGUAUUCAUAUAACAGUUUAGAAAUAUAUUUGAUUAAAAAAUUAAA